GGGUAAGAAAAACUCUUGAGCACACGUUUCUUUACGUUAUUGUACUACUCUGAAUAAAAUAAUCACGGUACCUUUAGAAGUAUUUCUCCAGACGCUUUCGUCGCCCUCUCCCAUGUCUUCGAACAGCUAUUAGUAUCUGUUUCCGGGUCAAACCCGCCCCUCCUUCCGCCUUCAGGGUGCAAUAUGGCGGCGUCCGUGGUCGACUGCGAUUUGGUGGACACAGACCUGCCCGGUGCAGUCACUCUGUUGAACACUCUGACUGAGCAGGUUGCUGCGGUUACCAGCCACGUCCAGGGUUUGAUAAAGAGGGUCCGGGAUGGGAUGUACCAAACAGACAAGGGGCUCAGUUUCCUGGACCUCCGGUACCACCUCCUCCUGUUUUACCUGCAGGAUGUGACCCACCUAAUCAGCUCCAAGACAGAGGGCCGGAGUCUGAGGGAUAACAGCGCCAUCCACAGGCUGCUCGCUGUCAGGACGGUGCUGGAGAAGAUGCGCCCGAUUGAUCAGAAGCUGAGGUAUCAGAUUGACAAGCUGGUUCGCACUGCGGUGACAGGCAGCCUGGGAGAAAAUGACCCUCUGCAGUUGCGUCCAAGACCAGAGAAUCUCAUCAGCAAGCUGAGUGAGUCUGAGGUCUCUGAAGAUGAAGAAGAGAGACCAGAGGGUUCUGCAGAGCGAGAGCUGUCAGGUGUUGGUAGGAAGUACAUCCCUCCGAAGAUCGCACCAGUCCAUUAUGGUAAGUGCGUCUUUAUUCUAGUUCUGGACAAAUGCUGCGGUAAUAUAAAAGAAGCCUAUUCUGCCAAAGCCAAACCACCUCUGUCUAACUCUGGUCUCAAUACGGUUCACCUCAUCCCCACUUACUGGACAGUUCUCAAGAGCAGCAGACCUGUCACUAAAACUGUACAUGUGUGGACUGAUGGUAGUAUUGAGAUGCUGAGAGGGUGUUUCCUUUGCACAGACUGGGAGAUAUUUCAUAGCCUGGAGGUUAAUGAAGCAACAGAGGCUGUUCCAGACUACAUUAAGUUCUGUGCGGACAGUGUCAUGCCCAAGAAAAGCAUAACCGUGUACCCAAACAAUAAACCAUGUAUAACUAAGGAUGUGAUAGACUGCAUCAACCGCAAAAGACUCGCUUUUAAAAACCGGGAUCAAGUGCAACUGAAAUUACUGCAAAAAGAGCUGAAACUAAAACUCAGGAAUGCAAGGCAUCACCACAAGGAGACAAUGGAGAGGGACUUUGAAACUGAACUCCAGGAGGCUGUGGCAAACAAUGACAACAGUCACAAACAUGAAUUCCUCAAGAAACAGCUUCCAUGCAUCUCUCUCAGGCGGGAGUAUGAAGAGUCCAUGAUGGUGCGUCUGAACGUAUCACGAAAGGACCGCGUCUCAAAGAAGAGGAGCAUGAUGGGAAUGUCAGCGCAGCUGAACUCGAUCACUCAUUUUGGUGACAUCAGCGCACUGACCGGUGAAGCACAGGGCCUGGGGAAUCCUCGCCCAAAGAAGAAAAAGAGGCUGCUGAAGAAAAAGAACAAUAGAGGUUUCCGACGGCACCGGUAGGACGGGGAAGCUGCCAGUCUGAAGAGCCUGUCCCGGGAGCGAGGCGGUGGGAAUACUGGGCCGUGCCCGAGCGUUUCUCGCGCCCCGUUUCUCGGGGGUUGAAGUUUCUUUGGGCGCUUGAUCGAGGUUCCCCGUUAGUCUGAAGCUGGGGUUCGACGUUAAGAGACCCCCCGUGACCGAUGGACAUCUCCAGCUUUGCUCUGAAAGGGAACUUCGUCGGGGCUCUUUGGAAAUGGGGUUGUGGACCUCAAGUCCUUCUUUUGACACCUGUCUGUCACCCCAAUAUGUCAUCGCUUAGAUCACUUUUCCAGCACGAAAGGUGAUGUAAUUGAUGGGAAGAUUAUUUGGAAUACAGGGUGGGAUGUGCAGGAUGAUCCUUCCCCGCUGUCCUGACAACAGCAGCAUGGGAUUUGUCGACACCUGGUCUGGGUGCUUUUCUCUCUGACGCCGUGUUUUGACUGCAGCUGUUGCAGGAUCCGGUUGUUGAAAAGAAAUGUUGGUUUCUGUGAAAGUGCUUUUUAUUUAGAAACUCUAGCGUGCAUCCUAGCUGUUGAGAGGCAGCGUUGGGUACAGAUGUUUAUCCCUCAUGAACAGACAAGUGGACUGUGCAAGAAUUGGCAUUUUUAAUAAAUGAAAUUGUGUA